AUGGUGGCAAACACGGAUCUUUACGAACGGAUGGCAGAGACAUCGAAGGCGAUGGUGCUCAGCCAUGUUGACGCCUUCAACGCGCAAGAUACUUCCAUUCUCUCUCGGGAUCUAGUGCCCGACACACACCGUCGAAUCGCUCCCGCCACGUUCGAGCAGGAGUUCCAUCCCACUGGUUGGAGCAACAGACAGUACGAAGAGUCGCUGGCGCCCAUGUUGGGCAAGCUCCACGGCAUGAAAAUUGAAAUCAACGAUGUCAUUGUCGACACGAAGAAGAUGAGGUCCACCGUCCACAGCAGCCAUAUCUGGACCGUUCCAAUUGAGGGCGAGGUGACGGACUGGCCGAUGGAGUUUGUCUGGAUCCUGGAGCUGAGCGAGACGGGGGACAAAGUGCUGAACAUUCUCGAGUUCGUGGACACGCACUACGCCGUCACCUUCUACCAGAAAAGCAGAUCCAAGCACGCUUGA